GGCGCUGGAAAGCGCUCUCAGCGUGCGUUUCGUUCAUUUGGAAAUAUUCGGAGGAGCUCGCUAGCGCUCGCUGGCGCCUCGGCACCAAACGGCUUAUUGAAUGCACCUCUGCCUGCCACUCAGUCCUACAGACGGCGUCAACAUGUCUUCAACAGACGAUUGAACCAUUGGUGGAUCGACAGUGCAUUCGCUGGCUUGAACUACCUUUACAUAGUAGCAGUCGGAAUAACACCAUGGGAAAGAGGAGGAAGAAGAUGAUGACAUCCCCAGUCUUUGAAUGCAUCAAGUGUUCCAAGGCAGGCAACAAGCAACUGAUGAUGGAGCAUUUUGUUCGCGCUCACGUGACGGGAGGAAGAGCCCCAUGGUCGUGCAGCAAGUGCGGGUUCCGUGCCCUCUCAAAGCAAGCACUGCAUCGCCAUGAAGGACAUUUCAUUCAUAAGUCUGCUGAGAAACAACAUCCCAGUGUGCCAACUACAUACAUUAAGUCAAAUAACCCUUAUGUUGUCCGUGUGGGCCAGGACAUAAUACCGGUGAACGAUGCUGCAGUCGGGGAUAUCAACGAUGACGGACAAACUGGUUGUGCGCGUAAGUUCGGGGAGGACGGAACUAUGACGUUCAAACGCCGAUGGAGUGAUAUGGACGAUUCCGACAGAGAGGCUAGGUUCCAAGAUUAUGACACAUGUGACAGUCCAGAUGUGCCUAACUAUGACACAUGUGAUGAGCGAGGAAUUCAGACCUAUGAUUAUAACCACGAGAAGAGACCCUGCAGGAAUUACCAGCGAGAUUGGAGCAGAUUCAGCAACCCCGACCAAUUCCCGAGUCCGCAACCUGACGUCCAUAUUCCACAUGUUCGGGAUCAGGUACAUACGGAUACUUCAAAUUACGAAUUAUCGUUUUCGCCGACAGAUAUUGCCCCAGAUCUGUGUGGCCAUGUGAAACCGACUGUCGUGAAGGAUAAGGAAUGUUCGACUGUCCAUAGUGAAUGUCUGAGCGUCAAGAAAGCAGAAGAUGGUGAAGUUGAUGUAGGCCCUGUUUUAGAAACUGAAAUGAGUACAAACAGUAGAAACGACCUCUCUCUUGAUAUCAGUUCAAGUGAAGUGGGUUAUUCAGAGGUACCGCAUGGGGCACGGUGCACGUCGGUUAAUCCAUCUGAGUUACUAGUCAGUAAUGCCAGAGAAAGGAAAUGUUCCGAGCUAAGGGGACAAGCACAGACUAGCCACAACACGCAUGUGGAUAGGCGUCACAGAAAUAUAAAAGGGGAAAGUGGUGUCAUACAGGGAACAGAGCCGGAGAGAGUUGCGACAAGUUCAAGUACAACGGGGAAAAUAUCCAACUGUCAUGUGAAGUCGCCUACACUUUCAGAAUCAAGCAGUUGUGGCCGCGUGUGCAACACUCCCCGCAGUGUUGAUACAUCAGCCGUUGUUGAGAUUCUGGCAGCAAGUCGAAAGGACGGAGCGAGUGGACCAAGCAGGACUUGGGACCAGUUGGCCGAGGCUGGAAGCAGCUGUUUAGGGGGCAGAGACAUGACCGUCCCCACCACCACCGGCGACAAGGCCGUCCCCACCACCUCCGUCGACAAAGCCGCCCCAACCACCACCGGUGGCACGGGGGACGAACCUGAGCCAUACACUUCUUCAGCAGAAUUCCAUCGCUAUGUUAGUGAAGAAAGGGAUGAAGUUGAGGAUGAAGAUGAUCCGGAAAGCCACAAUGACGACCUCUCAGAGUCGCGCAUGCUUGAGGAGAAGGUCAAUGACCUUGUGGCGGCUUUGGAACCUCUCAAGAACAUUUCAAAAGCUCUCAUAGCUAUUGACCACCACAUGAGACGCCUGCUGCCCCUUAUUGAGAAUUUAACCAAGGACAAUUUCAAAAAGCAAAAAUAGAACUAAAGCUCUCGCACCUUAUAGGUUGAGGUGGGACUACAAUGUAAUCGGUCUUUUUUUCCUAUGAACGCUGAAAUAACACGUCAAAGUAUUAACUACGGAUAGCAAUGAUUAAACUUAUUGUACUUGAGCAGAAAGUCUCCUCACGCAUGUUUGUACUGAUAGUCUGUUCCUGGUUCAACUAGGCACUUCUCGUACUGAGGCCCAAUGACGCGCUCGUAUUGUUCAUGUUGCAGGAUACGAGUCUGAGAAAAAGAUGUAUGUGAUUUCUGUUUCUCUCACCAUAUUUAAAUGUAUGUUUCGCAUUAAGACGAAGAAACAACAGUAAAUUCGAUCGAUUAUU